AUGUCGACACGAACUUCGAGUUGUCUCGAGCUCUUGAGCAGUGGCAGUCACAUUCGCGACAUGCGAAAUUACUCUAAUCUCAUGCUAUCACCGUUGAAAAGUCUUUGGAGGCCGGACUCUACAACAUUAGAGCACUGCCACGUCAAGAGCCGACUGAAACUAAUAACUAAAGUCGAAAUAGUCCCACUUAAAUUCUAUAACAUCAAAGUUGUUCAAUUUUGGCGAGGCGAGAAAGAGCACCUAUGGCCAUAUCCCCUUCACUGGGCGAUCUGCGUCGAAAUCAGUCCUGACAUUGGAAACACCUAUCAGCUUGUAGGUAACCAAACGAACUACCCCAUCGAUAUCAGACUCAACCUGCGUCUCCAAAACUCGGACGACUGGCGUGGAAGUUAUUCCGUAGGAAGCGUGAGCUCGACGGAGCUCGACGAAAUGGAGACAACCCUCCGAAGAGUUGACAUCAUACACGAUCUUCUCUGCUGGAACAGCCAAGAUUGGGUAGACGACACUCUCAGAUAUCUCAAGUGCUGGGGUUUUUCUGACAUCAUCGAAGAACCGGAAUUGGCGAAUCUACAAGAUAGAAUGUGUUGGCUGCUGGAGUCUUGGCCCGGGAUUCAGAACGCGGUGGAAUUUGUCGGUGACUCGAUCGGAAGAUCUGGCGUGCGUCCUAUCGAACCAACGUUGUGCGGAAAUGCACCGAUACUUCUGGAAGUCGCAAGUCGAGUUGGAACGGAUUCAACGGUUGUGGCGUCCGACUCCGCCAGCUGAAAGACGUUGAAAGAAUUUGGGGUAGAGACAAUUUCGUACUGUGCAUUUGUAAUUUUGUAUCAUUUAUCAUCAGUGAUUCAGCGUCACGUCCCCAAUAUUAAGUGUGGAAGUCACUAGCGAAACCUUUGAGUCAUCAACGUUUCAACGUCACCAGGUUGCAUGGAGCUGAAAUCGUACUGUGUAUUGUGCACGUGCUGUCCAGAUGCCUUGCCCGUGAAGUCGAGGAGGUACAUCCCGUUCACACGAACGAUACCGAUCACCUGCCACCGCCUGGUUCAAGUUUGCGAGAUCGCUUGCAAGUAUUUUGGCUUCCCUGCCACAAUAGUCGUGGUUGGUGAUGUACACAAAAGGAAAAAGUUGUUUGGCCUAGGAGAAUGACCC